AUCACUUUCGGUAAGCUUGCCAGAACUCGGCAGCUAGCGCCACGCGCGCACGUACGGGUACCGGAUACCGGUACGCUAGAGGUGUACAGUUGUCCGCGGAGCUGAUGUUGUCGGCGCGACGGGGCAUUUGACCGCCACGCCAAAUCCCUUUCUGAACGGUUUCGCUACACCCGAAAGUAAUUUUCAUUCGAUUCGAAGGAACCCACUUUCACCACGGCGUUGAACACUUUCCCUGUUGAGCGGAUUCCACCUAGCAUGCACAGAUGGAGUUUCCUGGGGUGGGUUCCGAGGGGUGCCAGCUGACACACUACGAGGGCACCGAGAAACUCCUGGAAAUUUGGUUUGAGCCCCUCCGCCACUGCAACGGUGACAUACAAAGCCAAGGCACCCCCGACCUGAAGGUCAUUCCCAGAACUUGCCUAACUGAGCUUCUUACCUUAGUUCAUUGUGAAAUCGUGAGUGAAAAGUGCCGAGAUGAACAUCACGCAUAUGUGCUCAGCGAGAGCAGCAUGUUUCUCUCCAAGGAGCGGUUCAUCUUGAAGACGUGUGGUACAACCACCCUACUAAAUGCCAUCGAACCCUUCAUAGCAUUGGCCAAACAGUACUGUGGCUUCAAAGUCAAGGAUGUCUUCUAUUCCCGCAAGAAUUUCUUUCGUCCAGAGCUGCAGGCCGUCCCCCACCGCAACUUCCAGGACGAGGUCACGUACCUGGACACACUCUUUGACAGUGGAGCUGCCUACAUGCUGGGUAGAGUCAAUGGGGAUUGCUGGCAUCUGUACACCCUAGACACCUGUAUCGGCCAGAGCCUACCUGACCAGACCCUGGAGAUCUUGAUGACCCAGCUUGACCCCAGUGUCAUGCAGCACUUCAAAGACAACACAGGACGGAAGGCCGCCGAUGUUACCAAGGCAUCUGGAAUAGCAGACCUUUUGCCUAACUGUCAGAUUGAUGACUUCCUCUUUGAACCCUGCGGCUAUUCCAUGAACGGACUGCUGCCCAAGGACGGCUACAUGACCAUCCACAUCACUCCCGAAGAGGAAUACUCCUACGUCAGCUUUGAGACCAACAUCGAACUGGAGGACUAUGGUGACUUGGUGAACAAGAUCCUGACGACAUUCAACCCUGGAAAGUGCGUCAUGACUCUGUUUGCUAGUAAGGCGGCCAAAUGUGGCACAAGCUUCAAAGCCCUCAGUGAGACUUUCCUGGACAAGUACCGUCGCCGUGACCGGCAGUUCUCGCAGUUCCAGAGCUAUGACCUGACAUUCGCGACAUACAUCCGCGACAAACAGGUGUGAAGUACUGCUACAUUACCCUUUCAGCAAGGUGGAAUGAGAUGGCCAAGAAGCGCUAUGUGUAUAUUUUUAACUUUACUUUACUUACUUUAAGUAAGUAAAGUAAUUUAAGUAAUGAAAAGGGAAUGAAGGGUUGUUAGAACUCUAAUGAAGUAACUUUGGUCACGAUAUGUCGUUAGUGCACAUUAAUUUCACGUUAAGAAAAUUUAAUAAUUGCCAAGCACUUGUGAAUUUGAUCACUUGCAGAUGGUUGAUGGGUGGUAAACUAAGUUUCUAAAAUGUGUGGUUGACUCCACUGUCAUGCCAUCAGUACAGUCGAACCUCGUUGGGUAAGAAGUCGUUCCGACUUAAUUACCUUGUUAAUUAUCUUGUUCUAACAGGAACCCUGUAUUAGCAGGAAUGAAAAACAAAAGAGUGGGACCUAAAAAAGUCCUUGUUACAAGCGGAAUCUUGUAUUAACAGUGCUCUUAUUAAGGAGGUUCGACUGCAUCUGAGAAAGGUGCAGGUAUUACACAGCUUGGGCGUGAUUUAGGCAUAAUUUGUGAAUUAAAAAUGUAAAUAAAAUGCUUACGAUUCUGGAUAUGGCUUUAUUCAUUCUUUCCUGUUGUAGAUGGGAGUACUCUUUGGGAUGCCUAAAAUGUUCACUUUCCAAAUGGAAGGACUUUGAAAAUGCACAAUCAGAGUAUUAAUGUGCAUUUUUCUUUUUCUGUUUUUUCACAUUUAUUAAAGUGUGGCUAAAUUUUGUUGGUUUGCUUUGAAAGUAGUUGCAGUUCUACAAAUUGUGUGCCAGCGAUUGGAGAAGGCUGCCAAGUCUGAUUACAAUCUGUCAUUCCCAGGUCAUCUGUGUUGAAGAAUCAGGCACGCAACUUUUCCUCAGAUCAGCUGAUUUCCUGACUUUUCACUUCAUGCUCAUGCCAUUGAAAAUUGAAAAACACUACAAAGUCUUGUUAAGAUUGAAAUUUCCUUGUUGUGUUGUCGGUCCAAGUCGCAUGCCUGAAGAAUUUGUUUCACUGUGAUAUUCAUCAGUAUGCAAUUACUGAGAUUGUACAACUUUUGGGGCUUCAAAGUUGUUAACACUCUGCCCUGAGUUGAAGUGCCCCUCUCAACGCUGCCCAAGUGAAGACUACAUUCAAACAUACAUUGGCCAUGCUCGCUCUUGGCAUCCUGUACUAAACGCACAUAAACCUACGCACACAAGCGGCGAGUUCUUACCAAACGGCCAUUAUUGCUUUGUAAACCAUGCCCUCUUAGUUCUGCCAAGAGCUAACUGCAUGUUAAUAGCCUAUAUUUGUUUGGUUUUUUUUACUUUAAAGUUGUAUAUCUCGGAUUUGAAAAAAAAAAUGAAUUGUGUUGAAAUAAAUUGGUGUACUGUUAUGGUACUCGGGCAUCCACUGUA